GACGAAUGAGGUACACACCCCGCCUCCCUCCCUCGAAACACACGCUGUCUCCUUGCCGACUGACUCGCCGCCUUGGCUUACAGCGAGAGAGCGCAACCCUGAGAUUCCCUUCGUGCUCUCUCUCAUUCCAUCGUCAGCAGCACACAAAGAAAGAAGAUCGAGUGAAUACCCUUCACUAUGGCGUACCGAAGAACCAAUCAGAUUAACCCUCCUGACUACACUUACAUCCCUGGUGGACUCAAUGUGGGUUGCCAGAUCAUCAUCAGAGGCCGGGUGCCUUACGGAGAGGAAAGGUUUUCCAUCAACCUUCAAAAUGACCAAGAGGACGGCUGUGACGUGCCCUUGCACUUCAACCCUCGUGUUGACAGCGGGACAGUUGUCAGAAACUCGUACCAGGGAGACUGGGGUGAUGAGGAGCUGGACAUUCCAUUCUUUCCAUUCAGCAGUGGCUCCAAGUUCACAAUCAGGAUUUGGGUGGGCCCAGACUUUUACUUCAUCAUUGUGAACGGAAAGGACUUUAUCCGCUACAACCACCGCUUGUCUUUUGAGGACGUCCGAUACCUGCGUCUGGGCGAGGGUGCAGAGUACUAUGAGAGCACAAUCCAGAACCAGUGUAAUAGAGUUCCCUACAGGGGAGAGUUUCCCGGUGGUCUUAAGAUGGGCAAGGCUCUCCGGGUCAGGGGAUAUGUCAAUGACGAUGCUGAGAGGUUUGCUAUUAACUUCAACGCUGACCCUGAUGGUGAGACUGUAGGUGUGCAUUUCAACCCAAGACCUGAUCAAGAGGACGUUGUCCUCAACUCCAGAGUGGGAGACUGGCAAGAGGAAGAGAGAGGUCAGGGCUGGUUUCCCUUUCAUCGUGGUCAGUUCUUCGAUGUACUAUUCAUUGCAUGGGAUGGCCGCUUCAUGAUCUAUGUCAACGAGAAGUACUUCACCUCAUAUGACUUCCGUGUCCAGCCUGAGGACAUCUAUUUCCUUGACAUUGAAGGAGAUGUUACACUCAUGGAUGUAGAGUUUACAGAUCCUUUGCCUGGAGACUAUAUCAAAGAGAUUCCAUCUGGGCUGGAGAAGAGUGACCUGAUUGUUACAAAAGGGUUCUUCUAUCCAGAAGGAAACAGGUUUGCCAUCAACUUGAUGUAUGGCACGUCUAUGGAUGAUGAUGUUGGCCUUCACUUCAACCCGCGUCGUGAUCAAGGGGAGGUAAUUCUCAACAGCAAGGAUGAUGGCGACUGGCAGGAAGAGGAAAGACAUGAUCUGCCACACCCGUUUGUGGAGAUGUUACCCUUUCAAGUGGAAAUCGUUGUCAAGAAAAACAAGUUCAAGAUUUAUGUCAAUGGCCGCAAACUGACCAGUUUCAGAGCCAGAGGAAAUGUCGAAGACAUCAAAGGAAUCAAUGUUCAAGGAGAAGCCUACAUCUAUGAAGUUAAAAUCCUGAGGAGAGUGGAGAGACCUUUUGUUGAUAAGUUGCCCGGAAACCUUGACCCAGGGUCAUGGAUUUCCCUGAUCGGAACACCCAAAAAGGAGGCAGAUUCCUUCGCCAUCAACUUGCAGUGUGGGGAUGACCCCGAGUACGGGAGUGAUGUCGCCUUCCACUUCAACCCUCGAUUCAGCGGAGAGGACUCGAUCCGCAACACGUUGGAGUGCGGAGACUGGGGCGAGGAGGAGAGAGAACAGCCAAACUUCCCCUUUGAGCCAGAAGACAGAUUCGAGAUUAACAUUUUACGAUUGCCCGAUGCAUAUAGGGUCUUUGUCAACCAGCAGUUGUACGUCGACUACGCCCACAGGAUCAACCCAGAUCGCGUCUGCCACCUCAUGCUGACUGGAGACUGCAACUUCUUUGAGCCUGAGUUUUAUUGAGCUCACUGCCAUGCUUGGCAGUUUAUUGGUCAUAAUGGAGGGAACACCUAGGCUUGAACAUAUCUCAAAAGUUCUAUACAAGUAGAUAUGCUGCUAUGUUGCUACUCUCAGGGAAAGCUCAGCAUUAGCUCAGAAAUAUAUAUGAUUAAUUAAACCAAAAUCUCCCAAGUUUUGUAUUCUUGUUGCAUAUAUUGAACUUGUCUUUCAGUAACUUAGUUCUAUUUUUAAUUAUGUAAAUCCUAAUAAAAGACAAAAUGGAACAUUGGAUAGCAUGCUUUUUGGUGUCAAUAGUUGAAUUUUUUUAGCUCAGUAGUUUCAGUCUUAAAAAAAGGGAAUAUUUUUUAGUCAGUUAAAAAGAAGUAUUUCUGUUUGAAAUUCACCUUUUUAGUUGAUGUUUUUUGAUGUGUUGAAGUCUUUGUGAUUUAGCUCGCAUUUAUGAAAUUCCAUUAGGACCGAAUAUCUUUCAUUGCAUAUUUAAAAAAAAAUUUGCCUUGCAAAAAAACAAGGCUUAUUUAUUUGAUUCUCUUUUGAGGUCAUUCAUUGCUCCAAAAGAAUUAAUAUUCCAUUGUUCUAUACUCUCUAUUACUAUUACAUUCGAUUACAACCUGAGACUGAAUAGCCUCUAUCUUUAAAUGAAGAGUACCCUCAGUCCUUUAUGUUGUGCUAUUUUCUUUUAGAAAAGAACAAAUGUUCAAGACUAUCAGACAUAAUUUCAUACUUGGCCAAAAUUCAGUUGUCGUGUCCUUUUCUACCCUGUGGGAUGACAGUUCACUGGAGAAGGCAGGAUCACUUGUGCUCUCAUGUUCACAGUAUGUUAUUUAUGGUGGGCUCAAAGACUUCUCCUUCAGAGCAGAUACAGUGGAAUCCUGUUAUAACGAGAGGGAGGGGACUGGUGCGAACUGUCCGUAAUAGCAGGAUUCUCGUUAAAAGGGAUCCAGUAAUAAAUGAAAGGGAAAUAGUAAAUUAGGCCUAAUCUAUGAGUUUGGUGUUCUGUUUAUAACUUUUUGUAUUUCCCCUGAUGGUGAUUUUGUUCAACUUUCUCUCAAGGUCUUACUUGAUCAAAAAUCGAAUCAGGUUUCUUUCUCUAGCACUAGCAAUGUUGACAGCUCGGUGUUGGCGGACAGAAAGAAUGGGCUCUGGCUCUAGGCUAACUCGCCCGCUGUGUGUCCCCCACCCCACCCCACCACACCCUGUGGUGCGUUGCGUCUGCUUGCGCAUGUCACACAUUCACUCCAUAUAACAGCAUUGUGACAUCUCCUUCCCGCACCAGAGAAGUGAGAGGCACGGUAGGCUAUGCCUAGAUAAUCUAGACUAGGCGGGCCUAUCACGCGAUGCGUUCUGCUUGUCUGCGCAUGCCACGCCCUCCCCACUCCUUCGCUGCCACCUUCAUUGUUGGUUCGCGUGGGCUCUCCCAUUUUUUGUUUCGCUGGAUCACCAACGACUUUCUCAACUGGCGAGGUUUUAAUACUUUUUUCUGGUUAAUUGGUCUGUGCGCUGUGCGCAGCAGCAGCAAUAUUCUGUUAUAACCGACUCGUGUGACUGUCUGAUGGCGCAACAGCAGUAUUUUAUUUACUAAGAUAAAGAAGGGAAAAAA